AUGGCAGCACCGAGCGGCCCGGCAGACGGGGCCGCAGGGCCGGAAGAUCGCGGGGGCAGGCCGACCAUCCGAGACAGCAGCAACGGCGUGGUGGUCAACGGCGAUCCCAACGACGACGAUGCGGCGCAACAGCAAGACUCAGACAUGCAGGCCGAGCCGACAGAAAACGGCUACCGCUACGACUCCUUCCCGUCAUACAACAACCGCCGCCGCCGCACCACCGACACCGAAUCGCAUCACCACCACAAUGGCGCCGCCCCAUCCGUGUCACACAACAGCGGCACCACACCGCACAAGGCCGCGGGCGCAGGCUCCUCCUCCGUGACAUCCACGCGCGCCCUCGCCCCCGACCUCCUCCGCGGCCUGCUCAUGAUCGUCAUGGCGCUCGACCACAACGCCAUCGCCCUGCACACCUGGACGCACGGCACGGGCCGCGCCUCCGAGUCCGACGGCUUCCCCGUCCGGCGCUUCAACUUCCCCGUCGCCUACGCCGUGCGCACGCUCACGCACCUGUGCGCCCCUGGGUUCACGUUCCUGCUCGGCAUGGGCGUCGUAUACCUGGGUAGGUCGCGGCGCGGGAAGCUCGGCUGGAGCGCGGGCAGGCUCGCGCGGUACCUGGCUGUGAGGACGGCGGUGCUGACGGGCGUGACGGUCGUGUUUGGGCUGGUGGUCACGGGGGGCAGGGUGUGGUUCUUGAAUAUGGUGCUGUUUGCGCUGGCGGUGGAUUAUCUCCUGGCGGGAUUGUUGUGGUUGGCGAUGGAUUGGACGGAGGGGUUGGUGACGGGUGUUUUGGCGGGAUGGAUGAAGAGCAGGGCGGGAGAAGCUGAUGAUGAUGAGGGCGAGCGGAGGCCGUUGCUCACUGGCGAGACGACGGUGGCAGCGUCAGGAGAGGCUCUUGACUCGAGGACUGCGCGGGCCGCGUCCAUCUCAUGGCACAUCCACAACGCAGUCCUCCUGAUCCUCAGCCUCAUCACCAUCUGGUGGAACAUCUGGCUCUCCGAGAACAACGGCCACUGCCAGGCCGAGUCCUCCGCCCCCUUCAUGUUCACAUCAUCAUCACCGCCAUUCACCUCCACGCCAUCGUCCGCCACGACGACGACAACUGCACCGCAAAACCCCCUCCUGCGCAUCUGGUUCUGGCCCGUCAUGGACAUGUCCGGCCGCGUCAUGUCCGGCUUCCCGCCCCUCGCCUGGCUCUCCUUCGCCAUCCUCGGCCUCCUCUACGGACGCAUCCUCGUCGCCCAGCCGUCCCGCCCUCCGCGCGCCCUCUUCGCUGGCCACGCCCUCGUGUCGCUCCUCUUCGCCCUCGUCUUCGUCCUCACGCGCCUCCUCCACAUCGGCAACCUCUCCGAGGGCUGCCUCCAGACCCCCGCCCAGCAACACCAGCAGCGGGGUCAAAACCCGUACCUCGCCGACGUUCCCUCCUUCUUCUACAUCGUCAAGUACCCGCCCGACGUCGCCUUCUGGGCCCUCACCAUGGCCGGCAACCUCGCCCUGCUGGCACUCUUCGGCGCGCUGCCCGUGCGCUUCGCUCGGCGGAGGCUCACCAUGCUGCUCGACUUUGGCACCACGGCGCUCUUCUUCUACGUCGCGCACAUGCUCGUCAUCUUUGCGCUCGGCAUGGCCCUCGUGGCGCUGUUCGGCCACGACACGGGCGUCGCGGACCCCAUGGACCCGGACAACAGCAGGGGCAUCGAUAACCUGUGGGCGUACUUCGCUGUCUGGGCGGCGGCCAUGCUGAUGCUGUGGCCGGUGUGCAGGGCGUAUAGUAGGUUCAAGAGCACCAAGUCGGCAGACUCGAUCUGGCGCUUCUUUUAA